GCUCGCUGCGCCCAAAAACAUCUCCUCCGCGCCAUCGUCGCCCUGCUCGAUCAAGUUCCGUCGACCCCCAGCACGUUCGUGGAGUAUAUGCCCGUUACGCCCGAGAACGGCUUCACGGCCGCGAAUAACCCGCUCUCAAAGCCUGCUUCCGUGCUCUCAGACACCCGCGCCCCGGUCGUCCCUGCUCCUAAUCCGACCGCGAUGAAGGACAAUCGCGCGAAGCGCAAACGCGUGGUGCUCGAAGACGGCAACGGCUCCCAGUCCGAACCGGAGACCUCUGAAGAUGACGAGAGUCUGGACGGAAACAGCAACGACAAUGACAUCGACAGCAAACCCCCCGACAGCAAAGAUUUAUACAGCCAGCACUUGCACCACCAGCCGAGCGAAUCCUCCCAAGGCGGCAGCAGCAGCAGCAGCAACAACGAGAACCUCAACCCCGGCGGCGACGCCGCCCGCGCGCGUCAGGCUGCUGCGAUCGAGAACCUGCUUAAUCAGGCCAGCUCGUCAAUUGGCCGUCGCUCGCACGUCAAGUCUCGCAACGGGUGCCUGAUAUGCAAGCGCCGCAAGAUUAAAUGCGACGAGACGCGUCCGCAGUGCCGCAACUGUGUUCGCCAUAAUGUGACCUGCUCGUUUGCGUCUGGCGGUACUCCUGGUAGCAGAGGUGGAGGAGCCGGUGCUGGAGGCGGAGCGAGCGGGAGGAGUUCAGUGACCUCGUCGCCUGUCAUUGUGCACGCGUCUCCUGUUCCUUCUCAUAUGCACAACCAGUUCAUCUCGUCGCAAGCCACCUCAGCAGCCGCUACUGCGGCCGCGACCACUGCCGACACCUCCCUUCCUUCUUCUUCUUUAUCUUCGACUUCCAAUGCACCACCCCCACAGUACCAACGCCCGCCGCAGAUCCCAAUCUCGAUCCCUGUCCCAGGCGUCCUUCCCGGCCUAGCAACCCGCUUCUUCGCCGGCGGCGUCACGCCAAACUCCUCCUUUGCAGCCGGCCUCUCUGCGCGCUCGUCGGCCACGACAUUCUCGACUCCGCCCGCGUUCGACGCCGCCUCAAACACGGGCGCACCACGAAACGCAAACGGCGAGGCGCCAAACCUGACUGCGAUCCCGUCGCCUCACACCGUUCUCGGCCAGCCGUUUGGCAACGCGAUCGCGACGCAGCAGUUGGCGCUCUUGACAAACUAUAUUCUCAACACCUCAAAGUCUCUCUCAAACAAUUUCAACCCGCGCUCGGUUUAUAUGUGGACGCACGAAGUGCCUGCGAUGGCGUGCGAGUUUGAUUUCAUGAUGUACUCGAUCCUCGCGCUAUCGGCUACGCAUCUGCAGUAUCUUCGAAACGACAUCUCGUACGAGAACAUUGCGGUCUAUUACCGCCACCGCGCGAUUGAGUCGUUCCGAAACAACAUUGUCAGCGAUGUGACGGAGAAAACACCGACGAUGCUCGAAGCACUCAUCAUCGCCGGCGCUCUAGUCUCUGUCGACGCGUUCGCGUACGUCGAAGUCGGCGAGUACUCAAACAACCGGGCGGUCUCGCUCGACCGCUGGCUGCCGCUUCUGCUGGGUAUCAAAGCGGUGGUGAUCGAGUCCGACAAUAUGAACGAAGGACACACCUCGCUGCAUUGGAACCCGCACAUCCACUUCCUGCCCGUCGGCGAGCGCUCGCUGCUGUACCUCUCCAACCUGAUUGACAAGCGCGCGACCGAGCUCAAUCAACGAGAGCUGACGUAUAUGUGCGAGCGCCCGAUUCGCGUGCUCGAGCAGCUGAUUACGUUCAACGAUACCGAGUUUGUGGAGCUCGGCGCGGGUCUGAUUCGGUAUAUCAUGACGUGGCCGUUCGUGUGCUCGGACGAGUUCAUCCAGAAGCUGAAGAACCACGAGCUGGUGCCGCUCGCGAUCUACGUGCAUUAUCUGGCGGUCAUGAGUUUUACAAAAGUUUGGUGGCAGGAUCUGAGGGUGAAGAAUGACGUGCGGAUGAUUUGUAAGAUCUUGGGAAGAGACUGGGAGCCGUGGUUGGAGUGGCCGCGGGCAUAUUUCGAUUUUAAUCUGUGGGGCGAUGAUUAGAGGCGGGAGUAAUAGCAACAACAAAGCCAAGACGCGGUUCUUCUAUUAAACAUUUACGACAUUUCAUAAAUUUGCUUGGAAGUAGAUAAUGUCCCAGAUUAGUUAACUUAGUUAGCAGGCGGGAUAAUGACUAUUGUGUUGUGGCGUGCGGCUUUUUGGGUUUUGGGAGAGCUGCGCGCAGAGAUGAAAAAGAU